UUCUUCCUUUCCAAACCGCACACCUGAAAAUUAUCCAAAAAAUCUCCCCCCUCCAAAGCCCUAGCCCCAUGUAAGUAGAGUUUGACGAUUGGGAGUUUGGAGAGCGAAGUUUUUGAGUUUCCCGUUUUUUCUGAAAACAGUGAAAGAAAUAUUGGGCACGUUUUCAUUGAAGAAGAAGACUUGUGUUUUCAUUGAAUCGUGUGGUUUGACGACAGAGAACGUGUGUUGACGCUUAAGAGAUUGAUUUGCUAUCGAUAUCUGGCGGUAUAACGUCGAUUUCCAUUUCCGAGACGUUUUAGUUGAACUUUUACUCUUAUACUCAUCCUCGAUCAUCACCGCGCUGCUCUCAUGUCGCGGCAUGUCCUUUCCCGGACACAACUCCUUCGACAAAAUCAGCCUCUGAGUCACUGUCUCAGCGGGCUGCGAUCUCGAAGUCGUGCUCCGCAGUACACUUUGCUGGUCUCGUGGACAGCAAGAUGCAGCAGCCAGCGCGACUACGGACAGGCUCCGGGGCCCAAAAGCGUGAAUAUAGAUAUCCUUAUGGAAGCAAUGGAUAGCAUGAGUGUGAUACACAAGAGAGCAGAAGACUACGCGAUGGAAAGAAGCAAAGGGGAGAAACGGGACAGCCAUGGGACAUCUAAGCAGAGUCUUGGUAUGAAGAGUAGCGAGCUCUCAGAGAAGGAGAAAGAGCGCCAGGAGCGCGCACAAAUCAAAAAAGAGAAGAAAGAGAAGCAGAAGCAGAACAUAGAAGCAAUCUUGGAGGAGGAGAGCAAGAUGCCGCGUCCGUCCGAGAGCGAAAUCGAUCUGGCGUACGCGAGCAUGUUUCCCGGCGAAUUCGAGCAAAACGCGCGAUACUUGCCGUCGCUCAAUUCCGAAGAUGUCCGGCUGCUCUUGGGUGAACCUGAAAAGGCAGCACCAAAGACACUUCCGUCUGGAUCUACCGUUCCUGCGACAAACGCGGAUCCGACGUCAAGUCAGGUCACAGAUCUGGCAUUUGUGCUUCCGUUGUCGAUAAACGAGCGGUUGGAAGAAGUGGGCGGCGGAAUUUCGCAGUAUCAGAAAGACGGGGCGGUGGAUUGGGAUGCGAUCAUCCAAACGCUGCAAGGAACCAACGUCAAACUCCAGGAUAUACCGCCGGAGGACGUUGAGAGCUUCUUGCGGGAUAUACCGCACGCGUACCGGGCAGACCACGCUAUCGAUUUGAUGAAGCUCUUGGAAGAGAGCAAGAUUGAGUUGAAUACGUAUAUGUACAAUAUGUUUCUCCAGGCCUUUGCGAGCGAAAAGAGGGAGAAGCAGGCUCUGUCUCUUGUUCAGUACAUGCAGAUGAGCAAUGUGGAGCUCGACCACUGGGUAUACUAUAACCUACUCAGCCUCUACUUCAACCUCGACGACUACAAAAAGAUGUCAACCACAGUCGACCAGAUGUUGGAAAAUAACAUCGAUAUGAAUGUCAACCACUACUUCUUGCUUCUGCGAAUGUGCUUCAAGACCGAACGGUUUCGCGAGAUGAACCAAAUGUUUGAUCUCAUGAAGUUCAGAUCGCUGAAAACUCUGCCCGACUCUCGAAUCUACAGUCUUAUGAUUUCCGCCUGUGGCGUGACACGGGACGCCGAGCGCGCGCUCGAUCUCUACGAAGAGAUGACAACACGUCCUAUCGAGCCUCUGGAGACGAACCCGCAUGUUCUCAGGUCAGUUAUAUACGCGUGCACCAAACGCGCAGACUACCGUCAAAAGGGCUGGGAACUAGCUCUCGAGUAUCAGGAGCGGGGGUUCCCGAUCUCCGAGAUCAUGUCGAGCAUGCUUCAGAUGUGUGCGCUCUCGGGUGACUUUGUGCACGCGCGCGUGUUUUUCUUGCGGAUGUGCUCCGAACAGUCGAUGAAGCCCGGCAAGCAGGAGUACGGUUUCCUCAUCCAAUCCUACGCGAACGCGAUCGCCGUCCGAUCUUCGAGAAAGAAAGGCAAGGAAACAGCGUACAGCCUUCAAGGCGAGCUCGGCGAUAAAGUCCGCAGAACGUUCCUCAGCAACAUCACGUUCGACACCCACACCCUUUCGGCCGAUGUCCCGCCUUUCCUGCCGACUCUCCUGCUCACCUUCAAUCAGAUCGUGAGUGAAGUGCCCGCAAUCAUGCUCUUCCUGCAACAGCAUCCACGUCUGAUGAGCCGAAGAACAGUCAGCGCGUACCUGCAGCUCGCAAUCAACAGCAAUCUCCCGUUCCGCUUCAGACGCUGGUUCGCCGAGACAACAGCUCCUCCCAUCGAUCCCUCGGUUUCAGGAGUCCCUGACGCUGCCUACUGCGGUCCAGCUGACCCUGACAGAACUGAUCCCGGAGAUUCUGCCCCGGAUAUCAAAUACCAGCUCUCAAAAGCCGUCGACCCGCGCUUCACCACAAAAGUCACCCGCAACCGCUUCAUCUACGACGCCGCGCUCUCAGGCGCGUACAAAUUCAUCGACAAAAAGAGGCCCAAUCUGGAGUUUGUCAAAGCUCUCUACGCCGAGCGCGAACUGUGGAAGACCACGCCCGACUAUCAAAAGCUCACAGACUCGCAGCGCGAAAGAUUCGAUCUCCGCGCCGCAAGGUUCCUCCUGCAAAGCUACGCAGUCACAGGCCACUACAAAUCGGGCCUCGUGCUCUUGCGCGACACUGUGGACUCCUUGGACUGGACUAUGAGGGAUAUGAAAGUCUUUUACGACCGCGCGCAUCAGACUGACAAUCGCGCAAUCUGCCAGGCUAUUAGGUAUAUUGCUGAAAGAGUCUCCGAACGCAAGGCGAAGCGACAGUCUCCGAACGACUUGGCGCCGUUGUUGUAAAUAGUUUGAUUUAUCGGGCGACAACCGUAUCUACAUCUCUUGGUGGGUUUCAUAGUGUAUAUAUUGCGAUCUUUGGAAGUGCAAUUCGAAAAGAAGUCGAGUCGAGUAUUUUCACGUGUAAAUAUCAAAAAGGGCGUUGGUUAUCUGCAUUUCUUUUGUCUUUCGCAAAUCCCAAAAUCUAGUGGGAUUUCGAAUGCAUCUCUCCGAUAGAUAGUGGCGAUACGAAAGUUU